ACUUUUCAAAACAAGUAUUUAAAUAAAAAUGUUUUAGUAUCAGAAUGAGUACCAGACUUGACCGUCUACUCUUGAUAUUGGACACAGGAACAACACCUGUUACCCGAAAAGCUGCUGCAAAACAACUUGGUGAAGUUCAGAAGCUACAUCCUCAUGAGCUAAGUAAUCUCUUAGCUCGGGUCUAUGCAUAUCUUAAAAGUAAGAGUUGGGAUACUCGGGUUGCUGCAGCCCAAGCUAUUGAAGCAAUUGCAAAUAGUGUACCAAAAUGGAAUCCAGAAGGAGUAAAAGUAAAAGAAGAGGAUGAUCUUUUCAUUCAUAAAGCUAGUAGUAAAUUGUUGUUUGAGCAGUUUGAUAUAUCAGUUGUUUUGGAAAAAGGAGAAAAAUUAUUAGGUUCUUCAGGAAAUGAGUUUGAUGAUGAAGAGAGCACUACUACUGGAAUGUCUCGGUCAGAUGCGAUUGCAUUUCAGAGACAUGCACUUAAAAAAAAACUUGGUUUGGAUCUUGUCGGUGGUUUAGACAUAGGUGUUGAAAACUUGUUAGAUGAUGAUGAACUUGUCUCCAAUGUGAAAUCUGAACCAAUUUCAGUUAAAUCUACUGAGAGCGCUGUUGAAAUUGUUGCUUCUCAAAUUGCUGCUAUUACAUCUGAUGGUCAAAUGAGUUCUCGUGAAAAAAAUAGAGCUAAACGUUUGGCAAAAAGUAUUGCCAAACAGAGAUCUAGAGAUUUGGAUUUAAAAAAUUUUGAUGAUUCUGCUCCGCCUGCAGAAAAAAAAGUGAGGCGCACACAAAGUGUUGUUGUUGAUCAGCCAAUUGAAGAUAAAGUGUUGAUCGAUAAUGUUGUAGAUAACAGCCUUGAAGAGCUAGAUCAUUGGCCGUUUGAAGAAUUUUGUACUGAACUAUGCAGUGAACUUUUUAAUCCAUCAUGGGAAAUUCGACAUGGUGCCUCUUCUGGUCUGAGAGAAAUUAUUAAAGUUCAUGGAGAUGGAGCUGGAAAAACUAAAAACAUGUCUGUAGAAAAGAUGUCUAUUGCAAAUACAGAAUGGCUUGAAGAUACAUCUUUGAAGUUACUUUGUGUAUUUGCAUUAGAUAGAUUUGGAGAUUUUAUUUCAGAUGAGGUAGUAGCACCUGUCCACGAGACUUGUGCUCAAACAUUAGGUUCUACUCUGCAUCAUAUGACAUGUGAAAGUGUGAGAAAGGUUCUGACUAUUUUGGUUCAACUUCAGCAAAAUAACGAAUGGCAGGUUCGACACGGAGGUUUACUUGGUUUAAAAUAUAUGUUAGCUGUUAGAAAGGACAUGGCUGUUGAACUUUUACCUCAAAUAUUUCCAUGGAUUUUAAAAGGACUUCAAGAUAAAGAUGAUGAUGUCAGAGCAGUAGCAGCAUCUGCAUUGCUUCCUGUUAGUGAUUUAUUUCAAACUCACUUUCCCGAAAAGGUUCCAGUACUUCUUCAAAUUUUAUGGGAUAUACUUCUUGAACUUGAUGAUUUAACAGCAUCAACAAAUAGUGUUAUGAGUCUACUUUCUUCGCUUGUUAAAGUUAAAGAGGAAACAAAUGACUUUUUUAGUGGUCAUCUAACUGAUUUUGUUCCAAGAUUAUGGCCAUUCUUAAAGCAUAAUAUUUCCUCAGUUCGUUUGUCAUCUUUAUCCACAUUGAGUAUUCUAAUAUCAAAUGCAAAGGAUAAAAGUUGGUUACAAAAAAUACUAGGCGACUUAUUGAAGCAACUUUAUAUGAGAAUUAUUCUUGAACUAAAUGAAAUUAUACGUGAAACUGUUUUGGAGGUUUGGGCAGUAGCACUCGACAGUAACAACUAUUGUUGUUCACUUUAUAGUUUAACUUUUUUGAAUUUUUCACAAUGGGUUGAGCUGCUUGUUAUUCCUGUACACAAACCUGUUGAUGUAUUGCAAGUUGAUAAGAGCAAAGGAAAUGAUGAAUGUAACCAAUUUAGCUGUAUUGGGUCUGUAAACCCUUGUGUAGAUGAAUCGGAAAAAGAAUCAUUGGUUCUCAAAACUAGACUGUGUGCAUCUAAAGCUUUAGGUAUUUUGCUCUCCCAUCUAAGUACUGAACAGAAUUCUUCUUCUUUACUGUUUUAUAUUGAGAAUCUUCUAUUAUCUGGAUCAGCUACUCAACAAAUGUGUGGUUCUUUUGUCUUACAUGAAUGGCGAAGAAAAAAUGAGAAUGCAAUGCUAACAAAUUCACUAAGUUUGCGGCUUAAUGCAAUUCUUACAGAACAAAUAAUAUAUGAAGAACUUAUAUUUCACCACCAGCGUUUACAAUCUGAUUCGCAAUCACUUGUAUACUUUUUCAGUGAACAUGGUAUAGACAUAUCUUGCGGAAUACCAAUAGGAUCAUUUAACCUUGAUACUGCAACUGAUAUUGGAACAGUUCAGUUUCAAAAAGAAGUUGUAAAACUUUCUCCUAAGUUUGCAAAGUUAGCAAAUUCCAAACAACGAACAUUAAUCAUAACUAUAUCAAAUAUGAAAGCUGAGUUUAUGAAACUUCAUACAAGAGUUCAGGCAAGUGUUGCUGCAACUUUGAUUGCAUACAAUAAACUAACUGAUAAAUUAAAUCCUGUUAUACGACCAAUUAUGGAUUCAAUAAAACAGGAGGAUGAAGUCCAAUUACAGAAAAGAAUGGCCAUUGCUCUUUCUCAACUUUUAACUUUAUGCAUUGAUAAAACCCCAUGCCCAAAUAAAAAAAUUCUUAAAAAUCUGUUUACAUUUGCAUGCAGUGAUUCAAGUCGAACACCUCCUAUUUUACUAGAUGAAAGCUUUAGUUAUACUGCUGAUGAUGGUCGUCAAAUAAUUUGUAACUCGACUGUUGGUAUUCUCACUUUGCAACAAAAACAAAAGUUAGCUGAAAAAGAACUUCUGAGCAAACGGGUUCGUCUUUCAAGAAGUAAUUCACAACAAGCUAAAGAGCAUGAUUUUCAAGCUGAGGAGCUAAAAGAGAGUAUACGACAGCAGCAAGUGCAAUGUGAAGGAGCAUCUAUAGCUCUAUCAACAUGUGUUGAAGAAAUGGGUGAAUUGCUUUGCGAAAAACUGCCUGAUCUUUGGGAAAGCACUUUCACCGUAUUACACGAAUGUUCUUCUUAUUAUCAAUAUGAUGAUAUUGAGAAAAUGAAACAAACUAUAACUGCAAUGCAAGUGUUUGAAAUUGUUGCACUACACCUCCAUUCUAAUUUAAAACAAAAACUUGUUGAAAUUCUUCCAUGUUUUGCAUAUUACCUCAGUCACCACUAUACCUCAAUACGACAUGUAUCUGCAAGAUGUUUUGGGGUGCUUAGCAAAAUAAUAAGAAUGGAUACCAUGAACUUUAUUUUGCAUGACAUUAUAGGAAUCUUAGAACAGAGUGAUAAUCCACCCGGAAGGCAAGGGGUCAUUGAAGCUUUGUUUUAUGUUAUUAAUAACCUUGGUCUUGACAUAUUACCAUAUAUUGUGUUGAUGGUUGUUCCGAUAUUAGCACGUAUGAGUGACCACAUGGAGGAUAUUCGACUAAUUGCAACAAACUGUUUUGCCACAUUGGUUCAAUUAAUGCCUCUCGAGUCGAGUGUGCCAGACACAGAAAGCAUGUCAGAGGAUUUAAUAAAGAAAAAAAUUAUUGAACGGAGGUUUUUAGAGCAGCUACUCGAUGGUACAAAGUUAGAUCAGUACCAGAUACCGAUUCCUAUUAAUUGUGAGCUUCGAAAAUAUCAACAGGAUGGUGUCAAUUGGUUAGCAUUCUUGAAAAAAUACAAUUUGCACGGCAUUCUUUGUGAUGAUAUGGGUCUGGGCAAAACUCUUCAAUCCAUUUGUAUAAUGGCAGCUGAUCAUUUUGAUUCAUUAAAAAAGUAUAAGAUGUCAUUAAAAGAAGACUUAAAGCCUCUUCCUUCUUUAGUUAUAUGUCCACCAACAUUAACAGAACACUGGUGUUAUGAAGUAGAAAAGUUUUGUCAAAAAGAACAUCUAAAUCCAAUAAACUACACUGGAACACCUAGUGAGAGACAGAGGUUACAAGCUAAUUUAAAGAAUUACAAUUUGGUGAUAGCCUCAUAUGACAUUAUAAGAAAUGAUGCUAUUUUCUUUAUUGCUCAACAUUGGAAUUAUUGCAUACUAGAUGAAGGACAUAUAAUUAAAAACAGUAAAACAAUGUUAUCAAAAAAGAUAAAGUUACUAAAAGCCAAUCAUCGUCUUAUACUAAGUGGAACACCAAUUCAAAAUAAUGUUCUGGAACUAUGGUCACUUUUUGAUUUUCUUAUGCCUGGAUUUCUUGGAACUGAAAAAGAAUUUACAGCAAAAUUUGGAAAGCCUAUAUUGCAAAGUAAAGAUGUUAAAUCCUCUUCUAAAGAACAAGAAGCAGGAGCUCUUGCUAUGGAGACAUUGCAUAAACAAACACUUCCUUUUUUGCUAAGAAGACUUAAAGAAGACGUUCUGCAGGAUUUACCACCAAAAAUUAUUCAAGAUUAUUAUUGUGAACUCAGUCCACUUCAGGUGAAGCUAUAUGAAGAUUUUUCACAGUCUCAAGCAAAAAAAACUAUUGAUGGUGCUGUUGAUAUUUCUUCUAAGAGUAUCGAAGUAAAACAAGAAGCUGGACAUAUCUUUCAAGCCCUUCAAUAUCUUCGUAAGGUUUGUAACCAUCCUUCACUGGUAAUGACACCUUCUCAUCCUGAAUAUAGUUCUGUAUGCUCAUAUUUAGUUGAGAAUAAAUCUUCACUUAAUGACAUUCAACAUUCCUCAAAACUUUUAGCACUAAAACAACUUCUUCUGGAUUGUGGAAUAGGUGUGGAAAACAAUGUAAAUCUUACAGAUGAGCUCCACCCUGUAGUUUCACAGCACAGGGCAUUAAUAUUUUUUCAGUUAAAAUCAAUGCUUAACAUUGUUGAAAAUGAUUUGUUUAAACAACAUUUACCAUCUAUAACCUAUUUACGAUUAGAUGGCAGUGUCCCUGCAAAUCAACGGCAUAACAUAGUGCAAAUGUUUAACAAUGAUCCAAGUAUAGAUGUGUUGCUACUAACCACUCAUGUUGGAGGUUUGGGAUUAAAUUUAACUGGUGCUGAUACAGUUAUAUUUGUUGAGCAUGAUUGGAAUCCAAUGAAAGAUUUACAAGCAAUGGAUCGUGCUCAUCGUAUUGGUCAAAAAAAAGUUGUUAAUGUUUAUCGCUUGAUUGCUAGAAGUACCUUAGAAGAAAAGAUUAUGGGACUUCAAAAAUUCAAGCUCAACAUAGCUAAUACAGUUAUAACUCGUGAUAAUUCUAGCCUGUAUUCGAUGGAUACUUCACAACUGCUCGAUCUAUUUACUGUCAGUUCAAAAAAAGGUGCUACGGAUGCAAAGUCUUUAAAAUCAAACGAGAAGAAAGCUUCAAUGAGCGAUAUUUUAGCUGAAAUGGGAGAUCUAUGGGACGAAAAACAAUACGAAAACGAAUAUGAUCUGAAUCAAUUUAUGACAUCAUUAAAACAUUGACAUGUUUUUUUCUAACAUUUACUAAAACAACAUUAAAACGUUAACAUGCUUUUUGUAAAAAUAUGUUUUUUGGGUUUCGGCUAAUCGAAGGCUGAGUUUGAUUUACCUUUGCAACCUUUUGCAGUUAAUCCAAAGCGAACUGCAACUGAUAGACGAAAAAAAAUUAGAUAAGUGAUUUAUUUAAACAGUAGAACAAAAAAAUUCAUUAAAUAAAA